AUGUCAGCAAAGCCAAGAUAUUUGACCGAUGCCGAACGAGCAAAAGUCCUCGAGUUUCAAGAUAUGAUCCAUUAUAGUCCACGUUAUAGUGACGACACACACGAGUAUCGACAUGUAAUGUUACCGAAAAACAUGUUGAAAGUGAUCCCACAGGAUUACUUCAAUCCAGAAACAGGGACACUAAGGAUAUUGCUCGAAGAAGAAUGGAGGGGAUUGGGGAUCACCCAGAGUUUAGGAUGGGUGCAUUAUGAAACACACGCUCCGGAGCCACAUAUCUUAUUAUUCAAAAGACCAAUUAACUACGAGCUUUCCCAGUUUCUUUUAGAUAUUGAAAAGAACAUCGAUGAUCAAGAAACGGAUUUCAAAAAAUUGAUUCUCUACGUGUUUUUAUUCACACACAACAAGAUAAAUGAUUUCCAACUGUUAAAUAAACCAGGCGAUGCAGUAGAGAUGUCUGUUAAGCUUAUCGACUCCAUCGAGUUGAUUCUUAGCAAGAAGCUUUAUUUGCUAAACAUGCCUUUGCAUUAUAAUGAUUUUAAAUUGAUACACGUCCCACAGAAUAUUAUGGCAAAAGGCGAGAUAUUAUUUUAUGAAUGGGUCGUUUCGUUUGUGUUGCAUCAUAUCUCAAAUUUACACCUGAUCCACACCACAUCUGGUGUUACCAUGUUGAACAAAUUGAAAAGCUUAUUUUUUCAAGUGAUUAACUUGGUGACAACAAGGCUACACAGCUUUAAGUUUAUCAAAUCCUUAAGCACACUAUUGAUGACAACAUUGGACACUGGCGUAUCGCGUUGCAUGGAAUAUAUGCAAAGUGAUAUUGAUGCCGGACUUUUGCACUUUCAAUCCAUCUUGUAUACGACUUGCCAUUUGUACCUAGUUGUUAAUGACUACGAUAUCAUUAACAAAUGUAAUAUGACCUCACAAAACCACCAAUUAAAACUCGAACGUAUUGGUCGAAAGCUAUGGUUUAUUCUUGAUAGAGCGAGUGCCAUGGUUUCCUCAAGUGAAACAAUGCAGAAAAUGGCUUACAAUCUCAAAUCAUUACUUCUUCUAAACCAAGCAGAUAAUAUUAUACUCAUGGACCUUUGUCACUGGGAACAAGUGGCAUUGCUACUAAACAGGAUCUCGUCUUCGAUACUACAGUUUUUUCAGAAAAGAGAUUAUUUGAUCCCACGGCUGCUACAGGAUGUGGGUUUGAAGAAUGAUAAUAAACGAAAACCACGCCAUUACGAUGCAUUUCAACAUACUAUAUCGAUUGUGCUUUUGAAAAUAUAUAAAUUUUGUGCAACUCGUGAAUUGGUGUCAAACUUUGUUUCUAGCUUUGAAGUGUUGACUCAAGCUGCUUUUGACGACGACAACAACAGCAGCAGCAACAACAACAACAACAACAACAAUAACAAUACUAAUAAUAGCAAGGAAGAAACUAAUACAUUGAAAGAUGAUGUCAACCCUGGUAUUAUUAAAAUCACAUUACGUAUUAUUGCAAGAAGGAUAAUUGAACUGAACACUGAGUACAAGGACUUACUUGGUGCCUGGCUAGUAGAAGAUUCGCCAACACCUUCUUUUAAUGAUGCAGAAUUGAGUCAGUUAAAAUUUGAUUUAGAAGAGAAUCCGCGCAGCAAAGAACAAGCUUUGUAUUUCAUUAUUCGGGAAGAUCUUGAGUAUCACGAGGCGAACGAUUUCAGUGACGAAGUCAACUAUAUCGAGUGGAUUAAAUAUCUAAAAACAACAAUUAAGGAGUAUCCAGAGGAGUUUGAAAAUGAAUUAACAUUGUAUACUUUGAUGACUGCUUUGAGUAAGUUCCCACAACUAUGUUUAGUAAAUACACGAGAUGGAGACAUAAACAAUUUCAACGAAGAAGAAAACAAGUUUGUAUCUGGACCUACACCAGUUCCAGUGCCAGUGCCAGUACCUGCACCUGCACCUGCACCCGCACCCGCAUCAGCACCCGCAUCAGCACCAACAUCAGCACCAACAUCUUCUCAUAUUCCUUCUUCGUCUUGCUUUGGAACCGUUUCCAAGAUGCGUCCACCUGUUAAAGCUACUACAGAAUCAGUUAUUUUUGAAGAAAUUGUGGAUCAAUUUUUUCUAUCACCCAAUAUUUUGGACCGAAUUUUAAACGAGCCAGUACUUGCAUGCAAUUUCUUAAUUAUGAUUUACAAUUUCUACGCAGCAUAUAUUCCCGAUUUUGGCAGUUGUGAGGGAAAAGAACUUGAUGAAUCCAAUGCACUGCAUGAUUUUCAUGAUUCUAGUGGCUCCAAUGAUUGGUGUAAUAUUCUCCUUAAUCGCUUGUUGAGUAUACUAGCUACUCAUACAAACAGAAGUACCAGGAUGCUUGUUACUCGAAUCUUACCUUUGUAUUUAAUCAGGGAUGCGGACGAAGCAGAUCUUGAACAAAUAUUCAAGUUUAUUUUUCAAAGGAUAGCACUGAUUGAUUUCAGCAUGAGUAGCAAACGAUAUUUAGCAGAGUCAACUAUUCAAAGCUUAAUCCAGUUGGCAAUGGUUUGCACUGGGGUGCGUCUCUGCGCGGUUUAUUUCAAACUAAUCGAUUGGCUUGGAGAACCCAACGACCAACACCAAAACUACGUUUAUUGUGGAUUUCUCGAUAUAUCGCGUGCAAAGAAUUUGUCAACAUACAAAUUGCUCUCACCUUAUUUUCCAAGUAUAUCAGAUUUGAUAAUAAAGAAACCGAUUUUGUUAGACAGAAUGCUUCAAGUCUUGGGUAUGAGCAAGAGCUAUUUUUUGAGCAGGACAAGGGACUAUACGGUAUGGAAGCUUUUGGAGUACCAUAAAGAUCCAACAUUAAUAAGCCAAAUUGCCGAGGCAUCAAACUGGUCGGUGGAAAAGUUAUUAGCUCAAAACUUGCCCAAAAUCUUGGCCUCGUAUUUGGUAAGAGACCCCACCAAUCAAAGGUAUGUGGUUAAAGUAUUGAGCAGUGUGUGUCCACAUUAUAAGCAAUUCUCCACAAGUGAGAUAUUCACACACAUUGGGGACAUUACAUGGAAUGUGUUAUUGGAAAUCCAAGUAGACCACAAUCACGCAGGCGAGGUGAAAAAUUUGGAACGCAUAAUAGGUGCACUCGAGGUUGUAGCUACCAAUGCAUUGAUCAGCAAAAAGCCAAAAGCAACUAAUGAACACCAAAAUCAAAAUCAAAAUCAAAAUCAAGAGCGAUUAUCGAAAUUGUUGAUUGAAGAGCAAAUGCUCUUGCUCGUGCAAAAGUUUAGCGAUGUGACCCAUCUCUUAAAAGGUGCGAAACCUUAUUUGGAAAGAAUAGCUUCUUUCCAGGCCAUUUUGUACUUGAUUAGAAAUCAUGCCGAUGCAUUGACAUCUGCCUUGGGCCAAUUGUCCACUUGUUUGCAAGCAACUUUGGAGGAGGAGGAUCUUCAAAUAUUGACAUUAACGUGCUGGCACGAAUUGGUGAUUCGGUUACCAUCAGCACGAUUAAUCUCCUUAAUUGAUAUUGUAAUCUCGAUGAUUUUUCAAAGAUUCCAAACUUUCAACUCCGAAGCUCAAAAGAUCAGUAUUGAAAUUUUAAAGAGAAUAUAUUCCGAGAUAAAGGAUAAGCACAACCGUUAUGCUUUGUAUUACCUUUCGCUUCCGUUCUUGGAUUACAUGUCGGAUUAUGGUUUUAUCAAAGAGUUUCGUAAUCUCAAGUCCCCAUCGCGUUUGACAAUUUUCCAGGAGUUUAACAGAAGGCUCUCAACAAGCAACAAGUAUGUUGUGGCACAAGCACUAUUUGAUUUAUUCAACUAUUGUGAAAAGUUUCAAGUCAAUUGUCAAAGAGACUAUUUCAAGGAUGCUAGUUUAACUUCAACAAUUACAUUACUCGUGCGAACAAUAUUUGACACUGCAACACAGUUUCAAAGUACAGAUCCUCAGAUCGCGUCAGAUUGCGCAAAAGUUUUGGCCAUCAUUGGAGCAUUGGAUGCUAACAAGUUUCAAUUCAAAACCGUUCAGCAACUGAUUGUGGUGCAACACAAUUUUGAAAAGAGCAACGAAAAUGCACAGUUUCUAGUAGACUUGAUUGAAAACUAUAUUUUGAAGUUGUUUUGGGCAUCGAAUGAUCCACAUCGACAAUUGUUUUCUGCAUAUGCUAUGCAAAACUUCCUUACAAUAAUGAACUUGGAUGAAAACUCUCUAGAACGUGGCGAUAGCAUUUGGAAUAAAUUUGGCGAGAUUGCCAAGUCGACAUUGACACCAUUGCUCAAUUCCAAAUACGCGGCUCAAAAGCCCAAACCAAUGAACAUCAGAAUCCCGUUUCUUGAUUCUAGCAUGAGAUACGACACAUGGCUAGUUGGGUUUACAUCCUAUGUGUUGAGAAGAGGAUGCGAGGCUGAGCCCAACGAAAAACUUAACGCAAGGCAAAAGAUUUUUCAAACGUGUGCUAUUCUCAUCAAUAAAGAAAGAGAUUUGAGAUUAUGCCAGCAUUUAUUAAAGUAUGCAGUCUUGAGCCACAUAAUGACAUUGAAUACAGAGGUUGUUCAGCAAAUUAAAGAAGAGUUUCUUUACAUCAUGCAAGUUGAUUUAAAUGCCCUCUCUUCAGAAGAACGCAAGACACAGUUGAAGCUCUGUUUCCAAGCCGUUUUUGCUGUUUUUGACUAUUUGAAUGAGUGGACUUCAUCAACGAGACAUUAUUCAAAUUAUCUGGUGUCACUGGACUCUACUACUUCGGAUUUAUGGAGCGAUAGAAUUGAAGAAGUAAGCACUUUUCUUUCCCAUUUUCAUAUGGAUCUUAUGGCGGCCAACUCUGUUCAAUGUGACUCUUUUGAGCGUACCAUUAUGUAUAUCGAAAAACUAUAUCGUGAAAAUCAUAUCAGCAACACAUCGUUUAUAAUGGGAAAUUUUAAUGCUGCUCGAACAUUGCAAAUGAUGUAUGCUAACUUAAAUGAUUAUGAUACCCUAAAUGGCAUUCUCAAACUAUUUUCGACUAAUAAUGUCAAGGAUAAAUUGGCAGCUUUUGAGUAUAGUGACAAUUCAAGUCUUGCUUUUGAGUCAUUUAAGGUGUCUUCAACAUCAACCAACACAGCUACAAUAGCAGGAUCAACAGGGGCAGUAGGAGCUGAUGAUCAAAAUUGGAGAGGAAGCAGCACUAAGCUAUUAUACGCUCUCAACGAGAGAGAUUGGUCUAUAUUGGGACUUAAAUCUGCUAUAUAUGCAGGUGAUAUUGACAAACUUCGUAGCUGGUUGGAGGUUACCGAUACAGUGGGCAUACCGGAUGAUGUGGAAACAUCCGUCACCUACGAAUUAGCUCGUUCUUUGCUCUUUUUAUCGAAUAGAGAUUCCAAUGCGGUUAAAGGUUCUGUGAAAUCAAUUUAUAAUUCCGCGGGCCAAUCGCUUGUGCCAUCUUUCUCCUCUAAUUUCAGUAAGAACGUGUCCCUUAUGAACCAACUUCACUCAACAUACGAUUUAGAAGAGGUAUUAAAGUCUCAAGGGUCGAGCGACAUUUGGAAAAUCAGGCUAACAAACACAGAUCAGGAUUAUGAAACACAAAUGCGGAUCUUGAGCACACAUAUUGUGGCUCUCCAAUUUCUUGGCCUCAACGAAAAAGUAUCUAAUAUGCUUUUACUUGAAUCUGAAUUAGCAAGAGAAAACGGUCGUUUUGAUGUUUCUACAAAAGCAGUGGUUAGGGCAAUGGCUUUAGACAAUCCAUUUGCAAACGUUGAAUUUGCAAAAUUAUUAUGGACGCAAGGCAAACAAUCUGAAGCGAUUAAAUCUAUUCUGGAAACAUUGGCCAACCCGCCUUCAACAGACCCAAAAUUAAUGGCAAGAGUACAAUUGCAAUACGCAAACUGGCUUGAUGAGUCCAACCAUGUGUCUGCACGCCAAAUCAUUGAGGAAUAUAAAAAAGCAUUCAAUAUGGAUAAAGAGUAUGAAAAAUCAUGCUAUGACAUUGGGAAAUACUAUAGUAAAUUAAUGGAAACAUCUCUGGAAAAAUCAGGGUUGUACGAGCAUCUUACUGUGCGGAAUUACUUAAGAGCAGUGUCACUAAGCACGCGAUAUAUUUUUGAAGCAUUGCCCAAACUAAUAACAGUAUGGCUAGAUUUUGCAAAGCGUCCAAAAAAAACCAAGUCUGCAGAGAAAAUACUUCUUCAAAUGGUGGGCGAUGUCAAUGCUAGUCUCAAAAGCAUUCCAAACUAUAUCUGGUAUACGGCACUCACGCAAAUCCUUUCGCGAAUUAUCCAUGACCAUGAACCUUCAUUCCGUAUUUUGGCAACGAUUGUUACGAACCUCAUCAAGGAGUUUCCGCGUCAUAGUCUUUGGUAUGUGCUAUCACACGUUUAUUCUACUGAUCCCAAACGGAAACAAAGGGUAGAAACGAUUUUGGAUGUACUUAAACGGUCAAAAAGGACUAAGGAUGGCGAGUUAAUAGUAGGUGCUCAGAACUUAUUUUCAAAGUUUAUCGAAAUUGCCUCUAAACAAGUUGCAAAAUCGCCCAAAACCAAACAAUUGUCCUUGUCCAGAUAUUUCGGCGUUUUGGAUCCUCGCCAACCUCACACAGAGUUGGUUAUUCCAGUGCAAUCCAAUUUGCAAAUUCGAUUACCUCAAAGUGAAACAACAAUAUAUACAAGCUUUCCUAAAUCUGCUUCUGUGACAUUUGAUGGCUUUGACGACGUGGUGAAUAUUUUUUUCUCUUUGCAAAUGCCGAGACAAAUCACUAUUCGCGGGUCAGAUGGUAAGCCGUAUAGAUUGAUGAUUAAAAGCGACGAUACCAGAAAAGAUGCCAAGGUGGUUGAGUUCACUACAAUGGUCAAUAGAAUUUUACAGGCGAGUUCAGAAGCUAGGAAGAGAAACUUGAGUGUGGCUAAUUACUCGGUGAUACCUUUAUCAGAGAAAAUAGGAGUCAUUGAGUUUGUAGUCGAUGUGCAGACGAUGAAAAGUAUUAUAACAGAAGAAAGAAGACGAAGGAAUAAGGUUGUUAAUGAAAGAAAGAUAUUUAUGGCUCUCGAACUGGCUCAAAAAUUUAUCAAAGAAAAAAGACCGGAUGAAAAUGGCUUGAAGAUGCAAGCUUUAGUCGAAUUGUUUCAAGGUAUUCUUGACAAGAAUGAGCCACUUUUGCACCACUGGUUUGUUGAAGAAUUUUCAGAUCCCAGUUCGUGGUAUAUUGCGCGAAAUGAAUUCACGAGAUCUUCUGCAGUAAUGUCGAUUGUUGGAUACUUAAUAGGGCUAGGUGAUCGUCAUUGUGAAAACAUUUUGCUCUUCAAAAAGAGUGGUGCUGUUUUACACAUUGACUUUGAUUGUUUGUUUGAGAAGGGGAAAUCACUACCUACUCCUGAGGUUGUUCCUUUUAGAUUGACACAAAAUAUGGUUGAUGCUAUGGGAAUAUGCGGAGUAGAUGGAGGUUUUCGAGUCUCAUGCGAGGUUGUUGGAAAACUACUUCGAAGCAAUGAGCAGUCUUUGAUGAACAUAUUGGAGAAUUUGCUAUACGAUCCACUUUUGGAUUGGAAAAUUAACCAGAAUCCUCAACACGAUCUUUCAAAAGUCAGGAAAAAAAUCCGUGGGUUGAUAAAUGAAGACGAAGGUUUGGCCAUGAAUGUGCAUGGUCAAGUAGAUGUACUAAUCCAGGAGGCAACAUCCAUAGAACGCUUAGCGCGAAUGUAUGGUGGGUGGUCUGCGUAUGUUUAG